AUGGUGAGAUUUUCAACUUGUUGUGAGAAAGUAUGCUUUCUAUCUUGCCUUAUCUUGUAUCUUCAGCUAGCUUCAUCACCAAAAAAUGCUUUUGCUUCUGCCAAUUCCACUGAAGCAGAAGCACUCCUCAAAUGGAAAGCUAGCUUUCAAAACCAAACCCAAAACAACCUGACCUCAUGGAUUAAGGCAAAUGAAGCCCCAUGCAAUACUUGGGUUGGUGUUUCAUGCAACUCUGCUGGAAGUGUCAACAGAUUAAACCUCACCAAUUCUGGUAUACAAGGUACUCUACUUCAAUUUCCAUUCAUGUCUUUGCCUAAUCUUGCAUAUGUUGACCUCAGCUUGAAUGAACUUUUUGAUCAAAUCCCUCCUGAGAUAAGUUCCCUCACCAAACUCAUCUAUUUCGAUAUAUCCUACAAUCAAAUGUCUGGAAAAAUCCCACCCGAAAUCGGUCUUUUAACAAAUCUUCAGGUUCUUCACCUAAAUGCUAAUAAGUUCAACGGCUCAAUUCCUCAAGAAAUAGGCCAACUUAAAUUUGUCUAUGAGCUAGCUCUAAACUUAAACAAUUUAGAGGGUUCAAUUCCAGCUUCUGUCGGUAAUUUGAGCCAAUUGACUUCUUUGAUUCUCUUCGGAAACCAACUUUCGGGUCCUAUCCCUCCCGAAAUAGGAAACCUUUCGAAGUUGGUUGAACUUUACUUGUUUGACAACUAUUUAUCAGGCCCAAUCCCUCUGAGUUUCGGAAACUUGAAAAAUCUAACCACGAUGAUGUUGUACAACAAUACCCUUUCUGGUUCUAUCCCAACUUCUUUGUGCAAUUUGACAAACCUUGUUUAUCUCUCUCUCUCUACGAUAAUAAACUUUCCGGCACUAUUCCUGAAGAGAUUGGAAGCUUGA